AUGGCUGACGUUGCCAAGCCCACCAAGGUCGGCGUGGAGCAGGCCCAUGAGGUGCCCAUCCACCGCAUCCGCAUCACCCUGACCUCCAAGAACGUCACCAACCUGGAGAAGGGUGAGCGUGCGGGGCAUCGCGGAAGGUUCGAGAUGCGCAUCCACAAGCGCCUGAUCGACCUGCACUCCCCCGUGGAGGUGGUCAAGCAGAUCACUUCCGUCUCCAUCGAGCCCGGCGUGGAGGUGGAGGUCACCAUCAACGACCUCUGA